AUGCUCCGCCGUAUUUCCUUACCUCUUCUUAGGGGACUGCCGCAGCCGCAGCCUGCUCUCCGCACCGCGCUUUCCAUUUCCCAGUCGCGAUAUUACGCGAAGGCUGGGAAGCCUCCAUCAUAUCAGCAGCCGUCUUUCCAGCGCAAAUCUCCCUCGAAUCCUGCAGGGCCACAACGGUCGCCGAAUGCAGUUCCUACCGGUGAAGAUGACAUUACAGCCAGCGCAACUCUGAACUCCACCCAAUCCUCGCCGGAGGAUCAAAGGACGGGUUCAAAGGCGCAGUCUGCCUCAGAACAGCCCAGCGAUUCUUCAGCCGCCGAUUCUGAGCCUCAACAGCCAUUGCCUGACCUCACAAAAGGCAUUCCAUCCACAUUGGAUGCCGAAUUGAGGAAAGCGCAGUCGCAACAAAAAUCACACAAGGCAAGCCUCAACAUUACUGAGGACCCUUCGGAGUCGAUACCGGGUGAAGAGGAGGAGAGCCCUCGUGACCGCAAUCCUCGCCCGGAGUAUGUGUCAUCCAGUGACCGGAAGAAGAAUUCCGUUAUCAGGUACACUUACCUGUUUCUGGGUCUCGGUGCUGUGGGCUAUGGCUUGUACUUAGGGCGGAAUUGGGAGACCGAAGAGUUGGAGCAGAAGCAUGCCGAAGAUGCGCCAAAUGGAUGGGGCCCGGGCCUGGUCUACGGGCGGGUCAAGGCUCGUAUGGGCUCGACUAUGAGUUACUACCAUGAUCCGAUGACUACUAAGCUGCUACCGGACGAAGAGAAAGAUCCCAAUCUCCGCGCGCCCUUCGUCCUGGUGCUUAGCUUGGAAGACAUGCUCAUUCAUCAAGAGUGGUCAAGAAGUCACGGAUGGCGAAUCGCGAAGCGCCCGGGAGUUGACUAUUUCUUGCGCUAUCUGACUCAAUAUUACGAGCUCGUACUGUUCACUAGUCAACCGUCAGCGACUGCCGACCAGGUCCUGAGGAAACUGGAUCCAUUCAUGAUGAUUCGAUGGCCACUGUUUCGAGAAGCCACCCUGUAUAAGGAUGGCGGCUAUGUCAAGGACCUCUCUUACCUGAAUCGUGACCUUAAGAAGGUCGUCAUCAUGGACACUGAUGCUCACCAUGUUAAAAACCAACCCGAAAAUGCCAUUAUUAUACCAAAAUGGACCGGGGACCCCAACGAUCAGACACUGAUUCAGAUGAUUCCUUUCUUGGAGUACCUCGCAACCAUGGGUUUCGAUGAUGCGCGAAGCGUCCUCAAAUCCUUCGAGGGCAAGUAUAUACCUGCAGAGUUCGCCCGUCGGGAAAAGCUGCUUCGGGAAAAGUUCGAAGCAGAGCGAAAGGGCAAAGGCAAGCCGAAGAAAUCGCUGGGCCUGGGCUCGUUGUUCAAGCAGCAAUCACCGGACGGCAUACCAAGUACCGAGGAUGCUAUGGCCGAGGGCAAGAUGUACUGGGAUAUCAUGCGAGAGCGUGGGCAACGCAACUACAUGGAGCUUGAGAAGAACAUCCGUGAGGAAGGAGCCAAGUUUCUGGCGGAAAGAGAAGCCGAAGAGAAGCGGAUGCAGGAAGAUGCGGCAAAGAAUCUGAGGUCCGGUGGCUUCCUACCGGGCUGGCUUGGAGGUGGCCAAAAAGACGAGGCUGAGAAGAAGUGA